AGCAGGUGUCCAUCAUGGAAGGAGACCUUCUGACCUGAGAACUCUCCUGGAGGCUGGAGAAGCCUGAGAUAGAGCAGACCCUGGAAUUGCUGUAUCUACAGCUUACCUUAACCUUUCUGCCCUUGGUGGGCAAGGCCUGAAUGACCUCUCAGCCUUCAGAGAUCAGCAAAAGCUGUGUGACAAUGGAGCGUUUAACCCAAAUGAUGGAAAGGAGAGCUUGGCAUCCUCAGGACUCUGCCCUUUUGGAGGAAGAAGAGAAUAUGACCAGGUCUCUUGAAACAGUGACAUUUAAGGAUGUUGCUGUGGACCUCACCCAGGAGGAAUGGCAGCAAAUGAAACCUGCUCAAAGGAACUUGUAUCGGGAUGUAAUGCUAGAGAACUACAGCAACCUAGUCACAGUGGGUUAUCAAGUCACCAAACCAGAUGUGAUCUUCAAGUUGGAGCACGAAGAGGAACCGUGGGUGGUAGAGGAAGAAAUGCUUGGAAGGCACUGUCCAGAAGUUUGGGAAGUUGAUGAACAGAGCAAGAAGCAACAGGAAACACUUGUGAGGAAAGUCACAUCCAUCUCCAAGAAAACUCUGAUUAAGGAAAAUGUCAUUGAAUGUAAAAGAGUUACAAAAAUAUUUCCUUUGAGCUCAGAUAUUCUUACUUCAAGACAAAACUUCUUUGAUUGUGACUCAUUUGAUAAGGGUUUGGAACAUAAUUUAGAUUUACUUAGUUAUGAGAAGAAUUGUGUAAGAGAGAAAAACUAUGACUAUAAUAAGUAUGGGAAACCUUUUUACCACUGCUCAUCCCAUGCUCUAACCCCCUUUAAGUGUAAUCAGUGUGGACAAGACUUCAGUCAUAAAUUUGACCUCAUCAGACAUGAAAGAAUUCAUGCUGGAGAGAAACCCUAUGAAUGUAAGGAAUGUGGAAAAGCCUUCAGCAGGAAGGAAAAUCUCAUUACACAUCAAAAAAUUCAUACUGGGGAAAAACCGUAUAAGUGUAAUGAAUGUGGAAAAGCUUUCAUUCAGAUGUCAAACCUUAUUAGACACCAGAGAAUUCAUACGGGGGAGAAACCUUAUGCAUGUAAGGACUGUUGGAAAGCCUUCAGUCAAAAAUCAAAUCUUAUUGAACAUGAGAGAAUUCAUACUGGAGAAAAACCCUAUGAAUGUAAAGAAUGUGGAAAAUCCUUCAGCCAGAAGCAAAACCUUAUUGAGCAUGAGAAAAUUCAUACUGGGGAGAAACCUUAUGCAUGUAAUGAAUGUGGUAGAGCCUUUUCUCGAAUGUCAUCUGUUACUCUACACAUGAGAAGUCACACAGGGGAGAAACCUUAUAAAUGUAAUAAAUGUGGAAAAGCCUUCUCUCAAUGCUCAGUAUUUAUUAUACAUAUGAGAAGUCAUACAGGUGAGAAACCCUAUGUGUGUAGUGAAUGUGGGAAAGCGUUCUCUCAAAGUUCAUCCCUUACUGUACAUAUGAGAAAUCAUACAGCUGAGAAACCCUAUGAAUGUAACGAGUGUGGAAAAGCCUUCAGCAGGAAAGAAAAUCUCAUUACACAUCAGAAAAUUCAUACUGGAGAGAAACCAUAUGAAUGUAAUGAAUGUGGGAAAGCUUUUAUUCAGAUGUCAAACCUCAUUAGACACCAGAGAAUUCAUACUGGUGAGAAACCUUAUGCAUGUACAGUAUGUGGGAAAGCCUUUAGUCAGAAAUCAAAUCUCACCGAACAUGAGAAAAUUCAUACUGGAGAAAAACCCUAUAAUUGUAAUCAAUGUGGAAAAGCUUUCAGUCAGAGACAAAAUCUCCUUGAGCAUGAAAAAAUUCAUACUGGAGAGAAACCGUUUAAAUGUAAUGAAUGUGGUAAAGCCUUUUCUCGAAUCUCAUCUCUUACUCUUCAUGUGAGAAGUCAUACAGGGGAGAAACCGUAUGAAUGUAAUAAAUGUGGAAAAGCCUUCUCUCAGUGCUCAUUACUUAUUAUACAUAUGAGAAGUCAUACCGGUGAGAAACCUUUUGAAUGUAAUGAAUGUGGGAAAGCAUUCUCUCAAAGAGCAUCCCUUUCUAUACAUAAGAGAGGGCAUACAGGUGAGAAACGCCGAGUGUAUCCCGUUAGGCUGAGACUACAUUUCCCAAACGCCUCCAGGACGGGCACUUACCUGGAGUCCCUGGGGCCCCUCCCGAAUUUGGUGGAAAGGUCGGGAUGCCGGGCUGCUAACUUGCAGCGGUAUCGACUAAGGGAGCUAAGUACACGACGUUCCCUGGGCGGUGAAACCUUGUACCGGCCAGGCUCUGGGUGGAUUUUUCCUCCCCGGGACUACAUUUUCCUGAGGGCUCUGCGGCAUUUGCCACUUCCGGCCGAAGUUGGCUGGCGGUUAGUGAGUUGGCGGGAGUUCGGGUGCGAGGGGUUGGGGCGUUGCGGUCGGCCUGCGGAUUCGACCAGACUGGUGUGUGAGGACCCGGAGGAAGUGCAAGAAGAAUCCAGAAGAGGAGAGAAAAGCCACUGUACAUCAAAAGUCAUGGCAGAGGGCUUCACGUUCAAAGAUGUGGCCAUUUACUUCUCUCAAAAGGAGUGGGAAUGCUUGCACUCUGCCCAGAAGGGUUUGUACUGCGAUGUAAUGUUGGAGAAUUAUAACAACCUCAUCUCACUGGCAGGACUUUCUGAUUCUAAGCCAGAUGUGAUCUCCUUAUUGGAGCAGGGGAAGGAGCCCUGGAUGGUUAAGAACCAGGAUAAAAAAGAAUGGUGCCCAGAUUGGGAGUCCAGAAGAGAAACCAAGAAUUUAUUUCCAGAGGAGCACAGUUAUGAAAUUAAAUCAUUGCACCUGGAGAUAAAAAGACUCACAAGCUCCGACCUUGAGUGUACUAGGUUUGGAAAUAACAGAGAAAUCAAAUGCCACUUGGAGAAACAACAGGAGGGACAUUUCAAACAACCUGUUAUAACCUCUGAGGAAAGGUCCGGUUCCACUCAGAACGCAGUUCAGAGAGCGCCUCUGACAGUUCAUACCAGAGUGAAAACCUACGAAUGCAAGGGAUGUAAGGAAACUUCCAGGUGCCAGUCACACCAUAUUCAACAUGAAAGAAAUCAUAAUAAGGAAAAAGACUCUAAAUGUGGAGAAUGUGGGAAAGCCUUUAAUAGUAAGUCAGGCUUGAUUAAGCAUCAGAGAAUUCAUGAAAGCAAAAAAAGUAAAGAAAAUAAGAAAUGUGCUGUUAUCCAUGGCUCUGAAACAACUAAACCUCAGAGCAUUAAUACUAGUGAGAAACCUUAUAAAUGUAAGGAAUGUGGGAAAGCCUUUCAUUCUAACUCACAACUUAGUAAACAUCAAAAGAUCCACAUAGGUGAGAAACCCUAUAAAUGUAAGGAGUGUGGGAAGGCCUUUCCAUCUACCUCACAACUUAGUUUACAUCAGAGAAUUCAUACUGAUGAGAAAUACUAUGAAUGUAAGGAAUGUGGGAAAGCCUUUACCCGUCCCUCACAUCUUCUUCGACAUCAGAGAAUCCAUACUGGUGAGAAACCCCAUAAAUGUAAGGAAUGUGGGAAAGCUUUCCGUUACGACACGCAACUUAGUCUUCAUCAGAUAAUUCAUACUGGUGAGAGACGCUAUGAAUGUAAGGAGUGUGGAAAGGUAUAUAGUUGUGCCUCACAACUGAGUCUACAUCAAAGAAUUCAUACUGGUGAGAAACCUCAUAAAUGUAAGGAAUGUGGGAAAGCUUUUAUCUCUGAUUCCCAUCUUAUUCGACAUCAGAGUGUUCAUACUGGUGAGAAACCAUAUAAAUGUAAAGAAUGUGGGAAGGCCUUUCGUCGUGGCUCAGAACUUACUCGACAUCAGAGAGCUCACACUGGUGAGAAACCCUAUAAAUGUAAGGAAUGUAAAAUGGCCUUUACUUGUAGCACAGAACUUAUUCGACAUCAAAAAGUUCACACUGGUGAGAGACCCCAUAAAUGUAAGGAAUGUGGGAAGGCCUUUAUUCGAAAGUCAGAACUUACUCAUCACGAGAGAAGUCAUAGUGGUGAAAAGCCCUAUAAGUGUAAGGAAUGUGAAAAAGCCUUUGGUCGUGGCUCAGAACUUAAUCGACACCUGAAAAUUCAUACUGGUGAGAAACCUUACAAAUGCAAGCAAUGUGGGAAGGCCUUUAUUCGUGGUUCACACCUUAGUAAACAUCAAAGAAUUCACACAGGAAAGAGGAGUGAAUAAAGUUAUGUGGGAAGGCUCAAAAUUUUAUGGACAUCUGCAAAGUCAAACUAGUAAAACACAAAACCCCCUGUGAUUUUAAGGAAUGUGGGAUAGCCUUUGAAGAUAACUUAAUAUCGGAGCUUACACUGUGGAUCAGGGCCUUUAUUUGAGGGCCGUAAUUUAUUUGACAUGUGUUAAUGUUGAUAUACUUUAUAAAUGUCAGGGAUUGGGAGGGUUCUCUUUAUGUUUCAAAAUUUAUUAGAUAUCAAGGUUCAAUUGAUAUAAAAGUGAAAAAACUCCUUGAAUGUAAGGAAAGUGGGAAGGCUUUGGAAGGCAGUUAAUGUGUCAGAGACUGUCAUACCAACGAUUCGCAACAUCGGGGUCAUUUGGCCUGGGGGAAAUCAAGAGGAUUUAUAAUAUAAAUAUCAUAAAUAUAGGAGACCAAUUUGCUUUAGCUAACAAAUUACUCAUCUCACUUCAUACUUGAGGAAGACUGCAGUAAUGUUAAAAAUGCAGCUGAUUCUUCCAUCCCGCUCAGAUCUUAAAUAUUUGCAAGCUUGUCCUCUAAAAUUAACUUAAACUGAGGCAGAGUGGUAAAGGAUUUAAGCAAU